AAUGCAGCAACUUUGCUCACGUACGAGGGCCGCCGCACCACCUUUGCUGCCCAAAACGGCAAAAACCCUCCCCAGCGGCGCCGCCCCGCCGGUGAGCUCGACCAAGCACCUCCGCACUUCUCCCCACCUCCCCUCCCUCUCCGAUGAGCUGGAACCACGCGGCGGCGGCCGCGGCCGGGAGGGUCUCGGCGAGGACCACCGCCAGCCGCGGGUUCGCGAGCGCCGGCGGCGGCCGCCGCGGACGUAGGCCCGCGGCGCCCCAGCCGUGGUCGUGGGCGUGGCUGCGGGGGCUGUGGCACGGAGAGCCGAAGAAGCAGCGGGGCGCCGCGAAGAGGCCGGGGAGGCGCGCGGCCGAGGGCGACGGCAAGGUCUCUCCCGGCGACGCCGCUCCCUCGUUCGUCGACCCCAAUGUGGCAGCGCUGGAGAGCGGCGGGGGAACGGCCGGCGAGGAGGACGCGCCGUCGGGGAUCUGCCUGCAUCAAGACCUCGACACCGCGCGCGUACAGGCCAAACUGAAGCCUCUGCUCUCAAGGGCCAGACUAAUCAUUACCAGGAAAGUAGAAUGGGCAAGUAUCAUGUUUGCAUACGCGCAGGAGACUAGAUACAUCAUAAAGGAUCCACGCACUCCUCGGAGAAAAACUCCUGUGGGUUUAAUUCGAGAGAAAAGCAACGUCAUCCUUAGGCAGCUACUUUGGACAAGGCGACCAUUCGUUGCAGAAUUUACUGAUGCCAAGGGUAAUGAGAUAUUCACGGUUCGCCGGCCUUUUAGGUGGAUCAACAGCUCCAUUUAUGCAGAAGUGGAUGGCAAGGAGGUAGGUGUAGUCCACAGUCGUUGGCAUCUUUGGCGUAGAAAUUAUGACUUGUACUUAGGGAAUAGGCAGUUUGCUGUGGAGAAUCCUGGAUUUUGGAGCUGGUCCUUUACCCUGCUUGAUGAGGAUGAUAAUUUAGUAGCCAUAAUUGACCGCAAGGUUAGGGGAGUUGGUUGGGAGUGCAUGCAGCACUUCACGAAUGCUUCCCAGUAUGAAGUUCGGUUUGGUGAUGCUGGAAAAGGCACCGAUAAAGUUUUUUGUUUCGCUAAAGAUAUCCAGAACGACCUUCGCGUGUUUCUCCCGCUGGAUUUACCCGAGAGGGCUGUGGCUCUUGCUCUUGCAGUGUCUCUGGACCAUGACUGCUUCUCCAGGAGACGAUUGGGCUGGGUUCUUCGCCUUUUAGGAGCAUGAGGGAAUUGCAGAAAACACCCGCUGUCGGGGCAGAGAGGCGAUCAUCGGAUCCCAAGAUUCAGGGAACUGCCUUCUGGGUGGAACAAUGUUUUUCCAGUUAGUGUUUCCCUGCAUCUGUUGCCCUUUCAAUCAUUCUUUUUGUACAUGGCAGACGUAGAAUUGUGCCCUGCUGAUGCUUCUGGAACUGAUCUCAACGGUAUUGUGAAUGUUCUUGCUAAAAAAAAACAUGCGUGAUUAGUCGGUUGCCAGCAAA